AUGUUUCUGUCUAAUUUUUCAUCCAGUCAACCCUUUUGGUUGGCGACUGAUGCUUGGUCCUCGUGCUCUUCGCUCUGCGGCCCAGGGCAUGAACGGCGCAUCUUCAUCUGCGUCAUCCAAAGCGUCUACGAGACAUUAGAGCGGAUGCCCAACGCAAAAUGUUCAGGUCUGACUGAUCCAAGUUAUGACGACGUCAGAGCCAACCUCUCAGGACAUCUGCGCCCCUGUAACUAUGGUGACUGCUCCUCGAGUGUUGGAGACGUUGAGGCGGGAUCAACGGUUACCAAAACUUCCGGAGCUUUGGGAAAUUAUCGUUGGCGUGUCUCGGAAUGGGGCUUCUGCUCGCAGAUAUGUGGCAACGCAGGCACCAUGUCACGUGAUGUUGACUGUGUUUUCGUGUCGCCGUUGAAGCAGAGCUCAGAUUUGUUGAGACGACGGCGAGCUGGACGAAACGGCGAAGCAGACGACUCCACAACUGAUGCCAAUGAACACGACGAAGUGUCCACUCUAGUGGUUGCACAGGGUGAAACUGGUGAAACCUUCCGAUGCUCGCAGCACAACAGACCAUCCCCAUAUGCGCCCUGCAAUCGGUUCGGCUGUCAUGGGGAAUUUUACCCUGAAAAGUGGGACAAGGUGAGCUACAGGCUAGAUCCAACCGAUCCAACGAGGACAGGUCGACACACCUGCUCUCUUCAAUAUGUUAACGCCGCACGGAAUUAA